CCCCCUCUAUUUUGGGAACAUGGUACUGCCCAGUCUUCCUCCGGGGUGUGGUUAGGCCCGGCUUGCUGCAGCGUCGGAGAGAAACGAGAGGGCGAAUCCGGAUCAUGGCGUACUCUGGGCAUCCUGGCGCCGGAGGAGGCUACUAUCAGGGCGGGUAUGGAAGUGCACCAGGAGGGCCAGCUUUUCCUGGACAAGCUCAGGAUCCUUUAUAUGGCUAUUUUGCUGCAGUCGCUGGGCAGGAUGGGCAAAUAGAUGCUGAUGAGCUUCAGAGGUGUCUGACCCAAUCAGGAAUUGCUGGUGCCUACAAACCUUUCAACCUAGAGACAUGCAGACUCAUGAUCUCCAUGCUUGAUAGAGAUAUGUCUGGCAUGCUGGGCUUCAAUGAAUUCAAAGAGCUCUGGGCUGUGCUGAAUGGAUGGAGGCAACACUUUAUGACUGUAGAUACUGACCGAAGUGGUGCCGUUGAUUCGACAGAGCUACAGAAGGCUCUAACUGGGAUGGGAUACAGGUUGAGUCCUCAGGCAGUCAAUGGAAUUGUGAAGCGAUACAGCACUCGAGGAAAGAUCUCAUUUGAUGACUACAUUGCGUGCUGUGUUAAACUCAGAGCUCUCACUGAUAGUUUUCGAAGAAGGGAUCAGGCCCAGCAAGGCAUGGUGAACUUCCAGUAUGAUGAUUUCAUACAGUGUGUCAUGAGCAUCUAAUGCAAGCCAGAGGAAGAGAUGAUGAGCAUGACCCACAUUCCACUUUGUUUUGUUUUGCUUUGCACCAAAAACUAUCAUGCCUGUGUAACUAAAUGGUGGUAUUUGCCUAUUUUAUAAUUAUUGAUUUAUAUGCUUUUAUAGUUUUGAUAAACUAACAAAAGAAGGAACAUUAAAUAAAUGCCAUUUUGGGUUGAUUUGUCUUGCAUAUUUAUAAUCUGCUUGAUGUAAACGUUAAAAAAUGUUUGGUUUUAUCAUCUCUUCCUGUACUGUUUUGAAUUGUUCAUAUUGGAAUGUGCUUUGUACCUUUGCCACCCAAGUGGCUCAAAGUAGGAAGGUGGGUAUAUAUUAAAAUUAGUAUGUAAAAUGGAACUUGACUCUAGAAACCAUAUUUUGGAGCCCAAAAUUAGCUGAACCAUUUUUGCUAAUAAUCAAGAUAUUAAUUUUUAAAAAAUACUCUUUGUACUUUUUAACAUUACUCCUCCUGAGUUUUUAACUAGCAUAUUAGGUUGGUGAUCAAUUAUUUUGCUAUGGUGCUGAUUCUGAAUUCAACUCUCCUAAUAGAAGAAAGUAGUUUGCAUGCUUUUAGGAACAUGUACAUUCCUUUACACAAGUGUGUUAUUUUGGGGUUCAGAAGGGAUUGGGAUUUCUUUCCCAAAGCCAACCCCUUUAACAGCCUCUGAAGUCCCUUGCAAGGCUACUCCAUGUUUUGUGGGAAAUGAAUAGGAUCAUAGGGGCCCCUGUAUCUAUCCCUGUAGUUAGAUGUGAAGUAAUGAAAUCAGUGCUGAAUCCCAACAGGUGUGCCCAAAGGUCUCAAUGCUGCUAUAAUAAUCUUGUGCCUGGCUAUGAGCAUGUAGACCAGCGCUUUCCAAACGUUUCAUAUUGAUGACACACUUUUUAGACAGGCAUAGUUUUGCAACACAGUAAUUCAGUUGUCUUCGCAAACCGGAAGUUAAAUCAACUCCUUACAAGAAUUGCAGACACAAAAAAUGUAAAAACCAAACAUAUCUCAUUUCACUUAUAUUUUUAAAUGCACGUAUUUAUGAAUAAGAUAAGUUCUAUAGGUUUGUUAUAUUUGUUUGGGUAGCAUAGGGAAGGCUUAACACCUCUGUGGUGUUAGUUUUCUGUCUGUGCCCCUGUUCAAAAGAUUUCAUUGCAAUUCCGUCCCUGUGAUAAUUGAAUUUUGAAAAAUUUGGCUUGUUGUGGAAAUGGGGAAUGGGGAUACAGCUUCAGUUGAGAUACCUUUUCCCCAUGAUAACUCUUCCAGGAGUUAAUUUCUCUUCCGAGGGGUAGAUUUCUCUCGCUUCCUAUUGUCUCAUUUGUAAGUCAGAUGUUUGUAACUCUGGGACUGCCUGCAUAUACAUUUCUAAGAUUUUUGUCAUUUCUCAUGGGGUUCAGAUCCCCACUUGGUCAUAAAACCCAUUGGGUGACCUCAGCCAAGUCCAACUCCGAGUCUCAGAAGAAGGCAAUGCAAAUCUCUUUUGAACAAACCUUGCCAAGAAACUGUGACAGGUUCAUCUGAGGUUGGAAGUGACUUGAAGGAUCACAAGAAAAGUCUCACUGAAUGUUGGUAGAGAAUGAAAUUUAAAUUAGGGAUGGAUUUUCUUUAUAGGAGAGUUGGAUAACUGGCCUUUCAGAUGAUGAUAAACUACUACUCUUAAUUUCUGUUGGCUAAGAGUGAUGGAUUGCAAUCCAUUGUUUAGUGGCCUAUAGUCGCUCUCUAAUGUUUUAUAACAUGAAGAACACAACCUUUAUGCCAUGUUCCUUAUUGCCAUAGUAUUUCCGUUUGAAUAAAAUUCUUUAUGAAUUA